UUUUCUAUCCAUCUCUCUUGCCGCUUCUCUCUGUUCACUUGUUUAAGGUGCUCUGAAGGAUUUCUUAAUUCCUUUUUCCUUUACACCUUUUUCUCGUUCCACCUUUAUCAGUUAUCACAGCAUUAUUUUCUCUAUAAUCUCUUUCUCUCUGCGUGCGUUUGGGCUGUUAUCCCUCAUCUCAUUUCUUUGCCUGUCUGUAAUGGAGUGCUCUGUGCAUGUGGAAGAUGUGUGUUUGGACAUCCCGUCAUCCAGAAGGAUUGUCUUCAGGAAGGGAGUCGAUCAUCUCGGGCUCACGGUAUACUUGGGGAAGAGGGACUUUGUGGAUCAUCUAGAUCACGUGGACCCUGUAGAUGGGGUGCUCCUGAUUGAUCCAGAAUACCUUAAAGACCGAAAAGUGUUCGUGACACUGACGUGUGCCUUCCGAUAUGGCCGCGAAGAUCUGGAUGUGCUGGGCCUGUCUUUCAGAAAGGAUCUGUUCAUCUCCAGCUUCCAGGCGUAUCCUCCUCUGCCCGACGAGCGCAAACCACUCAGUCGCCUGCAGGAGAGACUGCUGAAGAAGCUUGGCCAGAAUGCAUAUCCCUUCAACUUCACGAUUCCUCAGAACCUUCCCUGCUCAGUGACCCUACAGCCCGGCCCAGAGGACACAGGAAAGGCAUGUGGUGUUGACUUUGAGGUCAGGGCAUUCUGUGCCAAAACUGUGGAUGAGAAGACUCACAAAAGGAACUCGGUGCGGUUGGUCAUUCGUAAGGUCCAGUACGCGCCAGAGAAACCUGGACCGCAGCCCAUGGUGGAGACCACACGCAGCUUCCUUAUGUCUGACCGCUCGCUGCACCUCGAGGCCUCACUAGAUAAAGAGCUCUACUACCAUGGUGAACCUAUCAGCGUCAAUGUCCAUGUCACCAACAACUCCACCAAAACAGUUAAACGAGUUAAAAUCUCAGUGCUACAGGUUACAGAUGUGGUUCUUUACUCUCACGACACCUACAGCAAGUCUGUGGGCCGACAGUCAUCACGUGACCAGGUGUCUUCGAGCUCCACGUUCUGUAAGGUGUACACACUCACCCCCACACUAAGCAAUAACCGAGAGAAGAGGGGUCUGGCUCUGGAUGGACAGCUCAAACAUGAAGACACCAACUUGGCCUCCAGUACCAUAGUGAAGGAUGUGUCCAAUAAGGAGGUGCUGGGGAUCUUGGUGUCCUACAGAGUUAAAGUCAAACUUGUGGUGUCCCGUGGAGGGGAUGUGUCGGUGGAGCUGCCUUUUGUCUUGAUGCACCCCAAGCCCUCCGAGCAGCCCAACUCUAGACCGCAGUCAGCUGUGCCAGAGACCGACGUCCCAGUGGAUGCAAACCUCAUCGAGUUUGAAACAAAUAACUUCUCGCAGGAUGAUGACUUUGUGUUUGAGGACUUUGCACGGCUCAGGCUGAAGGGAAUGAAAGACGAAGAGGACGACCACUUCUGCUAACGGGCCGGAGGCUGUAUGGACGGCCGUCAGGGGUGCCAACCUGCCAGUACUCAUACCUCUGCUCCACUGCGCCCAUCUGAUAGAGUGGAGCUCUUACUGAUACUUUCUUUCUGUCCUCCCUCCCUCCUUUUGUUUUUUGGUUCCCUUUCACAGCGUUUUUAGCAUCCACUCGGUGCUUUUAAUCGACCUCUGUUUCUCUGGUCAUGCGAACCGCUUCACUGGGGUGCUUGUUUGUCCGAUAGAGAGUUUGAGGGAGAAGGAAACUGAUGUUUUUGUCGUUGGACAAAGGGGUCCAUUGAUUCAGGGGAUUUUAUUCGUUUUUCUUUUGGUUUUCCUGUCAUCAUAUUCCCACUUAUAUAUCGAGUGGGCAUUAUUAGCUAUGUAAUUACGGUAUAUGUUCUAUGUUAUUUCAUUGUACAGUACAUACACUGUUCACAGACACCAUAGGGAACUUGAGUUUGGUGUUAAUUUGAUUCCACUUUUGCUAGAACUGUAAUCUAAUCCCUCCAUACCUGCUCGGUAGCUUUUUAUGUUAUAGUUAUGUAAAGCGUAUACAUAUCAUACAGAAAAACGCGUAGUAACACUUUUCUGUGCACUCAUAGUGCACGCAUUACUCUGAUAAAUAAGGUUGUGGCAUUUUUUUAGUGGAAGAGUAGCGCAUCGGGACACAAGCGUCUGGUUUCUUAUUGUACAUUUUAGCCUCUAUUCCACAUGUCGAAGUUGUAGGAUAUGUAAACACUGCUACAAGUCUUCAGUGUGAAAUUAGCUUGUAGAUACAAGAAGAGGACAGGGACAGGCUCUGUAUGUGCCGCACACACACACACACACACACACACACACAUCGUAAUUCCUCAUUCUUUGUGCCUGCCAAACUUUAUUUGCCAAAAUGUGAUGAUUUUACAAUGUUGCUUGUAAGUUAAGCUCAGCUGGGUUGGAAGUCACAUGCUCAUUCCACGUUUCAGUUGUUUCACAGAAGCUGUCGAUGUAAUCAUUGGACUGCCAGAAAUAUUUUGAUGAUGGUAUUUUAAAAAAAAAUCGCAUUUAUACAAGCAUGAUUUCCAGGACUUUUUUGACUUUUUAAUCUCGUUCUCCCAGGAUCAGCCCUUUCCUAUGACAUUCUGCAUAGUUUACUACUGAACAAUGGCAAAUGUACUUAUGUUACAAUGUGUACAAGGAAGUAACAUUUUGCAGUGAACAAAGUGGAGCUCCCGUUGAAGGACAAAAAGCUAUCUUGAAAAUAAAGGAUUGCUUUGUUUAAAGCACCCAUAUAAUCAU